CGGGGAUUUGUGGCAUGGAAGUGAAACAAAAGGGUCCCUCUUGGCGAGGGUACGAGGCAGGAGCAGUCAGGCCUAGCCAGAGUGGACAGAUGAAGCAGUUUUGGGUGAUACAGAGCGAGAGAUGGAUGGAAGUGAUUGAUGGUAGAAAAGCAGAGUCAUGGUCAAAGGAGAAGUUGUUGUUAUGUGGAGUUAUUGCGUGGUGACAGGGCUUGGUGGGCUAUUUUCAGAUUUGGCGCUUGGUGGUUCACGGCUUGCUGUUCAAGUGCUGCUCUGUCUUCAACCAACGACCACGAGUGCCUUUGCUCCUUCCUCGUUUGAGCCUCUUGACACGCCAAACUUUGCGCAUCACGUCGCUAGUCAUUUCCCUCUUUUCUCUUUCUCGUUGCAUCUAGCAUCCUUCUGUUGUUCGGCCUUUUUGCAUAUAUCCCCCCUUCUCUCUCCGCUCCUGCAUCGUGGGGGGCUUUUUGAAGGUUCACAAGGGUCAGGUACUCGGGACAGUUGAUCAGAGAAGACCCGACUGCUGGACACGCGGCUCUCACGUCGACACAAUACCACGAGACGCACGCACUAUACACGUCUGUGUCGGAAUCAGCCUUCUUUCUUGCCGCACGGCGUCCA